AUGCCGCCUUCAACGCCAUCACCGCGAAACUCCAACGAAGGCUACUCAACCGGUGCAUCCAUCUUUCCGACCAAUGCUCACUCCAACGUGAAUCAAGCUACAUCGGUUCAUCGCUGCUAUACACCUAAUUUCAUUCAGAUCCCAACACAACAAUUUCAAAACAUAAGCUAUGAAAUUCUUGAACAAAGGAAGAAGGAGAUAUCACUAUUGUCAGAACCCAACUGUGGCUAUCAAACCGGAUCUGCCACUGCACACCGCACCACCGCCAAUCCCGGAUCCGCUGCGCUACCCUAUGUUAGAGUCGAUCAACACUUUCAUCAGGGAAGAGUUCGUUUUGGGUUUAAGAAGAAGAAUAGUGUGGUUGAAAGAGAAAGAGGAUAUUUGUAUUUGUGA